ACAAAAGGAAAAGAAAUUGUGCCCCUAUAUGAUGCACCACACAUUAUAAAAGGUAUAAGGAAUAACUUACUAAACAAGGAUUUGUUAUAUGUAAAGAAUGGUGAGCAAAAAAAUGCAAAAUGGGAUUAUUUAAUUAAAUUACACGAAGAAAACCCAUCAUUUAUGGGUUUAAGAAUGUUGCCUAAACUAACAGACCAGCAUGUUUUACCGGACAAAAUUAAGAAGAUGAAAGUUAAAUGUGCAACUCAGGUGAUCAGCAAAGCUGUUGCUGUAGCUAUGGGGUAUCUCGCAGAAAAAGGAAUUUUGCCUGAAGAAGCUAAAGCUACAGCUGAAGUUCUUAUUUUUUUUGAUGACCUCUUCGACUCUGUUAAUGGAAGUUAUGAAAAUUUUCAAAAACGAUCAGGAAAACUUCUUUUGCACUCAGUGACACCAAAUUCGACUCACUUCAAAGUCUGGAAAGAAGCCAAGUCUCUAAUGAAAACAAUGAAAUUUGUGACUAAAGAUGGCAAAACUUCUGUUGUGCAAUCAAUCACAAACUGGAUAAUUAGUCUCGAAAAUAUUGAAUAUUUGACCAAUAAAUUAUUCCAACAGCACAAUUGUAAAUCUAUAUGGCUCAGACAUUUAAAUAAGACCCAUUAGAAAAUUUUUUUGGUUGUAUUCGUAGCCAUGGGGCAAGAAACACUAACCCCACAAGUGCAGACUUUGAAAAUUCCUUUGCUGCUUUACUAAUUAAUAAUUUAAAUAGCGUGCAUUCCGCAGGUUCUAAUUGUGAAAAAGACAUGUGCAAUGACAGUAUGUUUCAUACCUUAGGACGAUUAUUUUUUAAUAAUAAACCAUCUUGUGCUCCUCUGGAAAUUGAUUUUGAUGUAAUUAUGAAUAGUGAUCAUAUCAUGUUGAAUUUUAAAAACAAAAUUCAAGAUGCUAAGAUUAAAGCUCAAAUAUCUUAUGUGACAGGAUAUGUCUUUAAAAAAUUAAGAAUUAUAUUUAAAAAUUGCAAAAUAUGCAAUGCUUGCUUUUUUACAAAAAAUAAGAAUAAUCUAGAUUACAUACAAAUGCGAGAUUACUCCAUAGAAAAUAAAUAUUUGACAUACCCUACUGAAGAAGCCAUGGAAUGUUUUUCGAAACAGCAGGAUAUGAUCACAUAUUUAAUAAGAAACCAUGUUAAUGUUGGUCAAAUAAAAAAUUACAUGAAGACUGUUUUAAGCACGGUUUGUGAUUAUAAUUUUAUUAAGUGUCUCGAGCACAAAAAUUUAAUAAUAGCCGAAAUGCAAGAUUUAUUAUGCAGAUUUUUCUUAUACAAUUGGUGUAAGGACACUUAUAAAAUUAUAAAAGGCAUUAGAACACAUUAUGAAGUGAAUGACAGAGUGCAGGAAAUGGCCCACCAAUAUUAUAAAAAAAGAAAUAAAAAAUGAUUAAAGUUA